AUGACCAAGACGCCGAGCGUGUCUGUAGUGAUCAUAGGAGCCGGCAUAGGGGGGUUAACCUUCGCUAUCGCUCUGAAAAGACAGCUGCGGCUUGAGGACUUCAAAAUCUUCGAAAGAGCCGACGACGUGGGAGGGACUUGGAGGGAUAACUGCUAUCCUGGCUGCUCUUCCGAUAUUCCGAUCCACUGGUAUUCCCUAUAUUCGGACCUCGAUCCCAACUGGCCCAGUGUCCUCGGAUACCAGCCCCAAAUCGAAGCGUAUUGGAGAAAGCUGACUCACAAAUAUUCCCUUUUGGAAAAGAUUUCGUUUGGUACGGAGGUCGUGUCAGCCAAAUGGGACUCCCAGCGGGAUAUGUACUGCGUCAAAGCACGGGAUAUGGCAGGUAACGAAACCGAAUGUUUCGCCAAGAUCGUGAUAUCCGCCGUUGGGUUGCUGAGUGAACCUGCCUAUCCCCCCGGCGUGGAGGAGGAGUUAAAGCUAAGUCCGUCUCUGCGAACUUUCAAGGGCCCUAUGUGGCAUUCUUCAAGGUGGGGGGAGGCAACACCGCUCCACGGCAAGACAGUCGGUGUAGUUGGCAACGCUGCUUCUGCGGCCCAGUUCAUUCCGAUUAUUUCGAAAGACCCGACAGUCAAGGUGAUCAACUUCUGUAGGUCGCCCAAUUGGUUUAUCUCGUUGCCAAAUCCUACGUACCACAGCAUCACGCGAUGGAUAUUUGCUCAUUUCCAAUUCGCCAUGCGUGUUCAUUACUAUUACUUGGCGUUCAGGGAUGAUCUGCUGUUUGCUCUGAGGAAGUAUACGUCCUUCAAUCGGGUUUCUAUCCAGGCAGCGAAGGACUACAUCUUAGCACGAGCGCCCAAGAAGUAUCAUGAGAGGAUAGUGCCCGACUUUCCCAUCGGCUGCAAGCGGUACAUUGUCGACGUCGGGUACCUCGACAGCCUCAAGCGCGAUAACGUCGAACUGAACUGGGACGGAUUCAAAGCACUGUAUAGCGAAGGCGUGGUCACUGGUAAAGGUGAACGAGUGCCGGUGGACAUUAUCAUAUUUGCAACUGGAUUCAAGGUGUCGCAUUACGCCGUGAGAGUUGUCGGCACAAAUGGGUCAAUACAAGAGUUCUUUGAUGCGCAAGGCGGUCCUACUGCCUACAUCGGAACGUCGGUACCUACCUUUCCAAACUUUUUCUUCGUAUACGGCCCGAAUACUGUGAUGGGACAUGGAUCGGUCGUCUGUACCGUCGAAACUCAAGUCGGCUACAUUUUACAACUGAUCUCGCCGAUACUCGACGGGCAUCUAUCAAGAAUCACAGUCACCCAGGAGGCGUGCGAUGCGUACAACACGUACAUUCAGUCCCAGCUUUCCUCCCCCUCGUCCCCACUUAUGCGGUGCAAGUCCUGGUUCCGCGCGGGGCCCGACCAGUCCGGCAAGGUGAUAUCGACGUUCCCGGACCCGUGGCUCGCGUUCUGGUGGUACCUGCGCCGGCCGGCAUGGGGGGACUACGAAUGCUACGACCGGGCAGGGAAAAGGAUUCCCUGGGGCGUGCCGCAGCACUGGCAGGACAUUUCUCGUCCCGUCGUUGGGCUAUUCUAUGAUGCGUUAGAGGACCUGCGUUUGUUGGACGAAGUCCCCAGGCAGCCAAGCACUCUCUAG